UUUCGUAUAAUUCUAAGUAUUUUGGAUCUAAUCUGCAAGAUUCCUAUGGCUGAUGUAAUAUCUAAUCAAACUUCUCGUUACUUCUGUCACCAAUGUGUAAGAGAAGUUAUUCCAACUCUACCGAAUUUUAUAUGUCCGCAUUGUCAUUCUGGAUUUAUUGAAGAGCUAUUUAAUUUUUCAAGUGAUGAUAGUUUUUCGGUUCCAAAUAUUAAUCAACUUGUUCAACAACUUCAACCUCCUGUUCAAGUUACAACUCCUAAUGUUCAACAUACAAAUGUUCCCCCCGUUUCUAAUACUGGUAAUGGGUUGUUUCACUUCUUUCAAGGACUUUUAUCUCGAACAAACCCUGCACAGUCAUCUCCUGGACAUGCAAAUAUAAAUACUCCCAAUGUAGCAGCAUCACUCAGCAAUAAUAGACCACAUAUUAGACCUUUACAACCUAACAAUCCUCCUUAUUAUUACAAUUAUGGUAGAUAUACAGCCUACCCUCCAACUAGGACAGCUAGAAAUCCUAACCCAACCCUAGGAUCUACAACACCUGCAGCUGCUUUCGAUUUGCAAACAUUGCUAGAACAAAUACUAGAUUGGGUCGGAACUGACAAUGCCGUUUUUCGAUUGGAUCCCGGUGGCUUAUUAACCUACAUAGAAUACGACUCCAACGACCCUAAUAGACAAACUAGAGGAGGGACAAACUCUAUAUUCGGCAAUGUUAGGGACUACGCCUGGGGCCCCGGCGCUUUAGAGAAUAUAAUGGAGCAGCUGUUCAAUCAGAUAGAGGGACAGGGUAUUCCCCCGGCCAGCAAGGAUAUAAUAACUAACCUGCCCAAUGUUGUCAUAGACGAAAAUGAUUUAAAACAAGAAUUGCAAUGUUCUAUAUGCAUGGAAUAUUUUAAGAUCAAGGAGAAGGUGAAAGCUCUUCCCUGCGAACAUUAUUUCCAUAACGACUGCAUUGUACCCUGGCUAUCUCUACAUGGUACCUGCCCCAUAUGCCGAAAGCCGGUAGAACCUACUACUCAACCUGUUUCAAAUAAUCUGAACCACCAACACCCGCACGAAGUACCCACGGCAUAUCCCACAGUACCCAUAACGAAUCCACCUACUCCUCACACAGUCAAUCCUAAUUAUGGCAUAAUCAGAAAUGUGAUCCAAAAUAUUCCACCACUGCCCGCCGGAUCGACGACGUAUUCCGCAGUACCGCUAUCUGAUCCAUCCACGCAAUUACCUACUAUCCCAUUUAGCGGUACCCGCAAUAACCUGGUUUUAGAUGUGGCUAAUGCCCCUUUUCAAAGAUACAGGUACUACAUCUAUCCCUCACAAACUUCCCAGACCAUCCAAACCCGCCCAAAUUCUAAUUACCCCUAUAUCGUCAGUGGGAGGCCUCCACCGCUACCAAUGCCACACACUCCAAUUCCGCCAUUGCCCAACCGCUUGAACUCUGAUAACCCUUAUAUCGUCAGUCAGAGGCCUCUAGGGCCAUUACCGCCUGCAAGACCACCACCGCCUCCAUUGCAAAUCCCUUCUCCAAGAGCCCAGCAAUACAGCAUAAACGGUCACGAUCCUGUUACAAUUAAUAAUACUCAAGCGAAUUUAGAUAAGGAUAGUGCCGAAAAUGUUUUGAAGGGCAAAUUGGUCACCGGGCCACUCGAAGAUGGCGCUGGUUUAAGUUCCGCUUCUGCUAAUAAUGCAACAACUAACCCUCCAAAUAUUCAGUCACCUGGGUCUAGUUAUUCUAUGCGCGAUAUCAACCACACGAUAUCGCCCGGGAUUUCUCGCCCCUCGGUGUCCUCUAGAACUGGUUCUAAUCAUCAUCGAAAUCAUCCAAGUAAUUCUGAUAGAGAUACAAAUAAGGUUAAUGUAGUCGGUGUCAUUGGCGAAAAACCAGACAACGAUGCCCAAAAUAGGGAAAAGCGAUCCAAAUUAAUGGACAUUGAUUAUGAUUGAUUUUCGUUUUUUGAUAUAAAAGAGAAAAAUUUUGAAUUUUUUUAAAUCCCGAUUUUAUUAUUAUUUUUUAAAAUUAUUCUUAUUUAACCGUUCUAGACAACUCAAUAUAUUUUGAAAAAUAUUGGAAAGAAGAAUUUUUUUUAUAUUUAUCUUUAAAAUAUUUGUGAGAAUUGAUUCAAAGAAGUCUGAAAAGCUUUGAAUUAAUUUACUUUAUACGCAGUUUUUCUUCCUCAAAUACAAUAUCUUAAUUCUUUCUCCUCAUUUAUUUUAUAAGUUAUUUUUA